AUACAAGACGGCGAACACCACUGCCAUUGCACAUCGUGGUUCUACCCAAGCAAGUCGACCACCUUCGUCAUGCGCCCCUUCUUCCGCCACGCCACUGUCGCCACCCGCGCAUCCAAGACGAUGACGACUCGUUCGUUCUCAGCGUCAUGGGACAAGCCGUUCCCGUCCAUAUUGAUCACAAAGGACGGCAUCACCGCGCAAGGCUCGUUUGCAGAAUCUCAAGCCAAGUACUUGACGCCUGAUUUGGCCGCGGUCGGGGAGCUGGACGCCUUGCUUGCCAAGAAGCAGCUCGGCAUCGUCGCACACUUUUACAUGGACCCUGAACUCCAAGGUGUCUUGAGCAAGUUGAAGUGGCCGCACACGUUGAUUGCAGACUCGCUCGCGAUGGGCGAAGCCGCCGCCAAGAUGGCGAAGAACGGCGCCAAGGCGAUUGCAUGUCUGGGCGUCGACUUCAUGUCGGAAAGCGUCCGUGCCAACUUGGAUUCGAACGGGUACCACAACAUCCCCGUGUACCGGUUGUCGAAGAAGAAGAUUGGGUGCAGUUUGGCCGAGUCGGCCGAGAAGCAAGCGUACCUGGCGUACUUGGCCCAUGCGGCAAAGACCCCCCACAGCCUCCACGUUGUGUACAUCAACACGUCGCUCAAGAGCAAGGCAUGGGCGCACAACAUGAUCCCGACGAUCACGUGCACGUCGUCGAAUGUGGUGCAAACGAUCUUGCAAGCGGCGGCGCAGGUGCCGGACAUUUCCAUCUUUUACGGCCCCGACACGUACAUGGGCGAGAACCUCGAGCAAAUGUUUCAUCACAUGGCCACGAUGCCGGACGAACAGAUCCGUGAAAUUCAUCCUGCUCACACCCAAGCCACGAUCAAGUCGCUCCUGACCCGCUUCGACUAUUUCAAGGAAGGCAACUGCGUCGUCCAUCACAUGUUUGGCGACAAGGUGACCAAGCGCGUCCGCGACGAGUACGCGGACGUGUACAUGACUGCCCACUUUGAAGUCCCUGGCGAGAUGUUUACGCUUGCGAUGGAAGCGCAGGCGCGAGGCCGCGGCGUGGUCGGGUCGACUUCGAACAUCCUCAACUUUAUCAAGGCCAAGACGGCGGAAGCGCUAAAGGCCGGGUCGAACGAGCGCCUUCGUUUCAUUCUUGGGACCGAGGUACGUCGACGCGCGGCGUGGAUGGCGCUGACUGCCACGACUCAGGCCGGCAUGAUCACGUCGAUCGCGACCAGUGUCCAGGCCGCGCUGGCCGACGGCAAGUCGGCUGCGACAACCCCGCAAGUCGAGAUCAUCUUUCCCGUGGCCGCCGAUGCCGUUGCGACCGAAGGCGACAACUUGGUCCCUGGCGUCCAGGGGGGCGAAGGAUGUUCGUCUGCCGGCGGGUGCGCCACGUGCCCUUUCAUGAAGAUGAACGACCUGGACGCGCUGUUUGACGUUGCGGAAGGCAUUGACUUAACCAAGGAUCCCGACCCGUUGGCGGCGCACCACCCGCAGACGUACAGCGAGCGCAUCCACACCAAGAGCAUCUCCGCGAUCGGCGUCGUGCCCAUCCUGCACAUGCGGUCGUUCAUGGAGCACGGGAAGCUGUCCGAGGCACUCGUCGAGGACGUCGCGACCCGCGCCCCCGCCGCCGGGUGCCCCGAGGCCCGUUGAGCCCGAUAGCAUGUUAACGACGAUGAAACGGUU